AUGUCCGCAACAACACCCGCCGCCCCGCAGCUCCGCUCCUUCUACCGCCGCCUCCUGCGCGAGCUGCCCGCGCGAGCACCCAAAGUCGCGCCCUCGACCCGCUCCUCGCAGCCCAUCCUGUCCAACCCGUCGCCCCUCCAGCACCACAUCCGCACGCAGCUCGCGGCGCCGUCUGCCGCGUCGGCGCGCGCCCCCAGCCUCGAGGAGACGGAGCAGUUCGUGCAGUACGUCAAGGCCCAGCGCAUGUACAUCACGUUGCUCGAACGCUACAACCCGGGCAUGAACAUGGACGAGGAGGAGCGCGUGCGCUUGACCGCAAGAAGGGUCGGCAUGGAUCUGCCAGUCGAGGCCGACGUGCCCGGGAAGAAGAACUAG